UUACUUUACAUUUAAAAUCCAAUAAUUAAUUUCAUUAUAAUAAACGUAUAAACGUGAAAAUUUUCUUUUGCAGUUUUUAUUUAUGUAUUUUGCCAAGCUAGACUCGAGCUUUGCUUAAUUGGAACGCUAAUUAUAAUUAGUUUUUAAUUAGUAGCAUAAUGUAAAAUGCUUAGCUGUAUAAUUUGAAUGUGCCCUAGACUAACCGAGUUUUUGAUGAAUCUAGUAGUUUUAUGUCUAAAUUUGAAAUCGAUCAUAAAAUGGAAGUCGUAACGGUGUCUUUGAAUGCUUUACUAGGUUCAACAAAGCCUUCUCUCCAAAACAGCUUCGACGUAGCAAAAGGGACCGAUUUCAGUAAAGUAACAAUAAAUUUGCCCUCUUUGCCACUAUCACAUGCUUCAACUGGAGAGUCCUCCGAAUGCAGUUUCCCUUUCACUGUUCCUCCCACAACUCCAGCUGCGCAAUUCUCCUUCUCGCACAUUAUCAAUCCUAUAGUGUAUCCUUUUCCCAAAUUAGAUAAUAUCAAGUUUCCCUAUAUUCGCGAAGUUGGUAUUAAAAGCUGUAUGGAAAUCCUGAGUGUGUACUUCUCAUGUCAAGAUUAUACUCAGAAUACUGUACAGUAUUGGUUUUUGGACGUUCUUACAGACUGUCUUUGGAAAUUGCAAGAUGAAUAUCAUUUUCCCCAACAUUAUCAGAAGAUUAUUAUCGAAUGGAUUCUCUACGUUCUUGACUUAAUACGAGACCCACAAAGAAAUCUGUCUAGAAAUCAGUUUUUCCAAAUUUUUAAUGAAGCAGUGUGUGCAGCUAAUGAAAGAGUUCAAGCUGGAAGCGAACUGUUGCCAACACCGGAAAAUUUAGUAAAUGCUGUACAAGAAGAAGGAGAAGAAAUAAGUUUUCCUUCACAAAGUGGACAAAGCUCAAGUAUUUUAUUAACAUCAAGUGGUGAAAGUUAUGUUGCCAUUGGUAUCGAAGAGAACACUGAAAUUUUUAAAUUACCCAAACCUGUUCCUAAAUGUUACAAGUAUGAUUUUUCAGUUGAUAACAGUUUGAUCGAUGCAAACGUCUCUAAAGAUUUUUUGUGUGGAUGUGAGGAUUCUGUCGAUUUUUAUCAACCAAAUAAUAAUACUCCUGAGAGAUUUUUGUCUUCGUCAUCGUUCUCAUCAUUUUACUCUAUUCCAUAUGAAGACGGUUUACCUUCAGUCAAACUUGAUUUUCUAUGGAGACGUUCGUUACUUUCUUCUGAACAGUUUUCUAUGCCUUGUUCGACACAAAGAAAUAUUUUUAGAACAUCUAUUUCACAAAGAGUAGUUCCUCCUAAUACUAUAACAGAAAAAUGGACAAAUUAUUUGGAUGAACAUAACGAUUAUUAUAUCCAAGAUAUGGAAAGGAACAUUAUGAUAAAUAGUUGUGCCCUAUUUGCAAUUAAACAAUUUGUACAUGAUUACUUUUAUGAAAACUUCCAAUAUACUGUCAUCCAACUGGCAUUGAUUAAUAACUUUUCUUCAAUUACACAGAAUAUCAACACCCAGUGGAACGUUCCCAAAGUGUUGAAAGAGGAAUUAAAGAAACCUAAACCGAAGAAGGAAAAGAAGAAAAAAAAGAAAAAGGAGAAAAAGAAAAGGAAACUAACUAAAAAAACAAAAAGCAAAAAAGAUAAGCGUAAGAAACAGAAAAGUAAAAAGAAAGCAAAAAAGAACGCUAAACAAAAAAAGAAGAAAUUAACAAAAGAGGAAAAAGCUGAAUUGCUCCGACAAAAACGUGAACAAGAACGACUUGAGGAAGAACUCAGAAGGGCUGAAGAAAACCGUCGAAUGCUAUUUCCGUUAAAAGAAGCUACCGAUGACAAUUUUUUUCAUUCUAUUUUUGAACAUUGGAUAAAACCAAAACAGAAAAAGAAAGUUGAAGGUAAAAAAGGCAAGAAGAAAAAGUAACUUGGAGCUCCAUCUGUCAGUUGGUAGUCGAACACAACUUCUCCUAUUAUAGCAUCCUUAAUGGGACAUCUCACAUCACUCACAAUAAAAAUAAAUAACUUGUAUUUUUA